CAGACUCGGAAUGGGCGGGGUGUCAAAAUCUUGCUGUCAAGUUGGGUUUGUAGUUGUUGGCUACAUGGAGCUGCCACAGCCUGUUUCAUCUCAGGAGACUGGAGAAAGUGCCAGUGUCUUAGAAGAAGGAGGUGAGGACAAAUUCAAGACGUCUGAAGAUAUUGCAUUUUAUAGGCGUCAGGUGCAGCAAGUAUCUGACUCUUCUCCUUAUCAAGUUUUGACGAAAACCCUUAAAUUAUCUGAAACCUGUGCCAAUGUUCAUUUACAUCACAGUACAAUGAAGGAAGACCUGCUUCUUGAACUCCAUUGUUUAAAAAAUGGGAUAGUGAGAGUCAAAAUCAAUGAGCUACAACCUAUAAAACCAAGAUACGAGGCUACAGAUGCCCUGAUUGGAGCGCAGCAUCCUCAGAGGUGGACUUCACAGAGCAAUAAAGAGGCUAUCACCUUAAGUAGUGAGGAUGGACACGUCCAGUUGCAGAUGAUGACUAGCCCAUUUCAUAUGGAACUUUCAAGUGGAGAUGAAAGCAUUGUGAGUGUGAAUGCUAAAGGGAGGCUGCACUUUGAAACUCUUCAAGCCAAGCUGUCUCCAAGGACUAUUGAUGCCAGCAGUGGACAGAAGGAAGACCCUUUGGGAUUAUGGAAGGAAGAAUUUAAAACAUUCACUGAUAUUAAAGCCAAUGGACCCAGUUCUGUGGGCCUGGACUUCACACUUCAUCAUUUUGAACACGUGUAUGGAAUCCCAGAACAUGCAGAUGCCUUAAAACUUCAAAAUACCAGAGAUGGGGAUCCAUACCGUUUAUACAACCUGGAUGUGUUUGCCUACAAAAUAGGGAGUAAAAUGGGCCUUUAUGGCUCUGUACCUCUAUUGAUAGCUCAUAAACCUGAACAGACUAUUGGCAUCUUUUGGCUGAAUGCAUCUGAGACUCUUGUAGACAUUAACAUAGCAAAUGCAUCCCAGUCUUCAGAUACUGGCCCCCCUGAGAAGCGAAGGAAGGUGGUUGCAAAUACUGAUGUGGUCUGGAUGUCAGAGAGUGGAGUCAUUGAUGCUUUUAUCUUGUUGGGCCCAAGCCCUUUUGAUGUAUUUAGGCAGUAUGCAGAACUAACAGGAUUUCAGGCACUGCCACCUCUCUUUGCUUUGGGGUACCAUCAGUGUCGCUGGAACUAUGAGAACCAGGAAGAUGUGCUGUCUGUGGACCAGGGCUUUGACAAGCAUGGCAUUCCUUAUGAUGUAAUUUGGCUGGAUAUUGAACAUACACAAGGCAAGAGAUACUUCACUUGGGAUGAAAAGCAAUUUCCAAAUCCCCAAGGCAUGCAGCUUCAUCUUCAAGACAAAAAGCGUAAGCUGGUUGUGAUCAGUGAUCCACACAUCAAAAUUGACCCAGAUUAUUUCGUUUACUCUGAAGCUAAGAAAGCUGGUUAUUUUGUGAAGGACAAUGAAGGAAAUGACUUUGUAGGUUCCUGCUGGCCUGGUCCUUGCUCCUACCUGGAUUUCUGCAAUUCAGAAGUGAGAAAAUGGUAUUCUGACAAAUUUUCUCUCAGUUCUUACAAGGGAUCUACAGACUCAUUAUUUAUCUGGAAUGACAUGAAUGAGCCUUCAGUUUUUGAUGGGCCUGAGCAAACAAUGUCAAAAAAUGCUGUGCAUUUUGGAGGAUGGGAGCACAGAGACCUACACAAUUUGUAUGGAUUUUAUCAGCACUGGGCUUCAGCUGAUGGACUUAUCCAAAGAUCAAAAGGAUCAGAGAGACCAUUUGUGCUGAGCAGAUCUUUUUUUGCAGGAUCUCAGAGGUUUGGUGCAGUUUGGACUGGAGACAAUGUAGCCAGUUGGGAAUAUCUCCAAAUCUCCAUUCCCAUGCUUCUUGCGCUUAGUAUCACAGGAAUUUCAUUUUGUGGAGCUGAUAUAGGUGGGUUUGUGCAGGACCCGGAGCCAGAGCUGCUUAUUCGCUGGUAUCAGGCAGGAGCUCUACAGCCUUUUUUUCGGGGACAUUCGUCCAUUCAAACCAAACGAAGAGAGCCUUGGCUGUUUGGAGAAAAGACCACUCAGAUAAUCAAGAAAGCCAUUCAAGAACGAUAUUGUUUACUUCCCUAUUGGUACACGCUAUUCUGUCGUGCUCACACCAAGGCAGAGCCCGUCAUCAGGCCAGUCUGGGUGGAAUUUCCUAAAGAACUGAAUACUUUUGACUUGGAUUCAGAAUAUAUGAUAGGAAAUGCUUUACUGGCCCACCCAGUAACAGAAGCAGGAGCAAAGACAGUUAACAUUUUACUACCUGGCUCCAAGGAGAGAUGGUAUGAUGUCCGUACUUACCAGAGGUUUGAAGGAGAUCAAAACAUAUGUGUCUCAGUUAAUCUGGAAAGUGUCCCAGUAUUCCAGAGAGGUGGCACUGUUAUUCCAAGAAAAACUGAGGCAGGCAUGACCACAGCCAGCCAGACCCAAACGGCAUUCUCUCUGAGCAUAGCACUUGAUUCUAAGGGUUUUGCUGAAGGAGAGCUCUACAUAGAUGAUGGCUAUUCAUUCAGUUACAAAACAGAAAAACAGUACUGCCAUUGGAAGUUUGUCUUCUUAAACAAUGUGCUAAAAGCCAGACCUGUUGAUGAAAUGGGGAAGAUGAUUUCAUGUUUAACUGUAGAAAGAGUUUGGAUAAUGGGCUUAAUGGACAAGCCUGUAUCAGUGACAGUACAGUGUCCAGGCAAAAAAGAAGAAAAAUUGGAUUUUAGUUUCAAGGACGAAACAAUGACAAUAGGAAACUUACACAUUCAAGUUCUCCAGGGUUGGCUGCUGAAGUUAAAGUAGUAUUCAGCCAAUGGAGGAGGUACAUAUUAUAUUCUGAAACAUUUUGAAGUGAACCCAGGAUAAUGAAAACUGAAUUAGAUUACAGUUUUAUAUUAUUCUAAGAAAACUGUUCUGAAGAAAAUUUAAGUGAAAAUUUAGUAAGUGAUUACUGGAUUCAUAUACAAUAGUUAACAAUGCACACAGGUUCCUAUAACAAUUUUCAGUUUCAUCAGAGAUGUUAAGUCACGGCUGGCAUGGUGGUGUAGUGGCAGCACUGCUGCCUCACAAUAAGGAGACCAGGGUUCGUGUCUUGGGUCUGUUCCCGUGGGUUUCCUCCAGGUGCUCCAGUUUCUUCCCACAGUCCAAAGACAUGACAUUAGGUAAAUUGGCAUUGUUAAAUUGGUCCUUGUGUGUGUGUUUGUGUGCACAAUAGGCAGCUGCCAUGUCCAGGGGCCUCAUGUAUAAACGGUGCGUACGCACAGAAAUGUUGCGUACGAACCUUUCCACGCUCAAAUCGCGAUGUAUAAAACAUAAACUUGGCGUAAAGCCACGC